AUGAGCUCUACACACAGCGAUGCCAACCCCGCAGUCGACAAUUCUCUAGACGACAUCUUCGGCUCCUCGCCACCGCCAGAGACCAGAGAGGUGCCAUCGGACUUGCGGGAUGAAUCUACGUCUACGGCUGAACCUUCCGAUCUACCCUCUCUACGUCGUCAACACGUUACCGCGGGGUACCGCGACGGAGUCUCGACAUCCAAAGGCGAACACGUCCAGCGCGGCUUCGACGCGGGCUUCCCUGUUGGAGCGCAAUUGGGCAUGCGGGCUGGAACGAUACUUGGUAUUCUGGAGGGUAUUACGCGAGGACUAGAGGACCGGUCCGUUUCGGGUGUUGUGAAGAAACCCGUUGCGCGGGGAGCGUCAGGGCCAUCGGCGACUGAUGAGUCGCGGUCGGCGGAGACGGCAGAGUCGCGUCGUCGGUUGAGAGAGGAGGUUCUCAAGAUUUAUCUGGAUGCUACCAAAGCAUUGGAUGUGCAGUCUGUCUUUGCGGGUUCCGAUGUAGGGGCUGGUUCGGGAUCGUUAGGGUCGAAUGCGCCCGGUACGCAAGCAGGGGAGCCCGCGGAAGCUCAACUCGGACGGAAGGGUGACGCGGUGGUCUCGAAGUGGGAGGGUAAGGUUGCAGUGCCGCAGUGGGAGAAGAAUAUGGAGGCUUUGGAGAUGAAGGACAGUCAGGGAGACAAGGGCGCGGCGGUCGAGCGGAGCUGA